GUCUCCAGGUAACGGCGGCGUGGCCGGUGCCGGUACCGGCGGCGGUGCCGGGGAGAUGAGCGGCGGAUCCGGCCGGAGGCUGGUGCUGCACGUGGAUCUCAACAACACGGUGGUGGUGGCGGACACGGUGUCGGGGCAGGGCCCGCGGGCGGCUCUCAACAGCUUCCUCAGCACCGUCACCUGGGGCCGCGCCGGCGCCGCCGGCGAGUGGCAGUGGGUAAGUGAGCGCCCGUCCCUGCGCCCGCCGUGCCCCGGUGCACUCAGCUACUACAGCCACCACGGCCGGAACCCCGCGUUCACGGAGCGCGGCCCGGGCCGGUGCUUCCGCAGCCUCCAUGCCCGUCACCUGCAGCUGCUGGAGUGGCCGGGCCGGCCGCACGAGCUGCUCUCGGUGCAGGGGGACCCCGGCAAGCGCUACCACCUCCUGCUCCCUGCCUUCCUCCGCCUGCUGGACGCCCUGCACCGGGACGGACGGGACUUCGCUGUCAUCUUCCGGACGUUCGGCACGGACCUGCCCCGAGCCCUCCGCGCUGUCAGCUGUGCCCUGGAGGGGCAGCACCCGCAGUUCCCUGCGCUGCGGGACCUGGCGCUCCCUGUGGACCUCACCCCUGGGCAGAUACGCUGCAGCAAGCGGGAGGUGGUGCUGACAAGGGGAGCAGAGCGCCUGACCUCCCGGGAGGAUGCAAGAAAGCUUUACAGCUACUUCAGCUCCUUUGAGGGAAUCGGUGGCUUCCAAGACCACUUUGACUGGUGGGCCAGAAAUCAGUUCUCCUCCAGGGGUGGGAAACCCCUGUGGAUUGACCCGCAUGAUUCCAGCGUUCACCACAUCUUCAUUGAUGACAAUAUCCGGCUGGAUGAUGCCGACACCAUUGUUAAUCCCCAGGUGUUCUCGGAGCGGGGCAGCCACAGCUCCCAGCGUGUUCCCACCUCGGAGCUGUACGAUGUUUGCCUGGUGCAGACCGACCUGCUGCAGGCCAUUGCUGACCAGGACUAUUUCCUGCACUGCGUGAGGAGGUGUGAGGAGAACUACGACCGUUACCUGGCCUGCAGGGAGGAGGACACCCCGAGCCAGCAGUGGGAUGGACGGUGAUGCCUCCUCACAAGGGCAAGGGGCUCUGGACUUGGAACACCGCCUGCUUCCUGCUGUGCAUAGACAAAGUGUGGGGCUGGGCUCUUCGAGCUCUCCCCGUUCCAAUGUGUGAUGUACCCACAUCUUCCUACCAGAAGCCUCCACGCCUGAGCACGAGCAUCCUGGGAGCUUGUGUGAUGGGAUCCCUGCUGGAAACGCCUCUCCUUUCCUUGGCAGGGCCAUCCCACCAUGGAUGCAACACAGACGUCCAUGCAGCAUUCACACCUCUAUUUCCACUACCGUGCCAGUGCCUGGUGCGGGGUGGUGUUGCCAUCAGCACACCCGAGUGUUGCGGUGUCCUCCCCAGCAGAGCCAUCCAGGCCCUGUCCCUUCUGCCUCUUUUUAAACAAACCUUUUUAGCUCA